AUGACAUACUUUAAAAACCCCUGUUAUCACCUUCUAUCUGUUGUAUUUUUUCUCCUGCUAUUUCCAUCGAUCCCCGCGACAAGAGAAGAAGGAGAAGCUCUAGUGAACUGGAAGAACAGCCUAUCCCCGUCCUCGUUCUUCGAAUCUUGGUCCUCAGCCAAUCUCAACAAUCUUUGUAACUGGACUGGCAUUACCUGCAACUCCGAGGCCUCAGUAUCUGAAAUCAACCUUUCGGAAAAACAACUCCAAGGAACGCUUGCUGAGUUCCGCUUCAAUUUGUUACCAAGUCUAAAAACUUUUACCAUCAGCCGUAACAACUUCACUGGUCCAAUUCCAUCAGAUAUUGGAAAUUCAACUGAGCUUCAAUACGUCGAUUUUAGCUUUAAUUUUCUCAAUGGUUCUAUACCAUAUCAGGUUAGUCAUCUUCAGAGGUUGCGCGCCUUAGACCUGUCAUAUAAUCUCCUGGAAUCUCCAAAUUGGUCCGAGUUUUCGCCCAUUCCUUCCUUGACUAAACUUUAUCUCAGAUCAAAUAAUCUUGCCUCCAAAUUUCCAGGAUUUAUAUCCAGUUGUCAGAGCCUGACAUAUCUUGAUCUUUCACAUAACUUCAUAACAGGCGAUCUCGCGCAAGAAUCAUUAUUUGACAAACUGAUACAUCUUGAAUCCUUCUCUAUUCGUAAUAAUUCUAUUGAGGGGCCGUUUCCACCAAGUAUAUUUCCUCUUUCCAAAUUACGAUUUCUUGACCUAUCAAGAAAUAACUUUUCAGGUUCUAUUCCCCGGAAUAUAGGAUUGCUUCGUGAUCUUGAAUAUCUCAGCUUAUUUUUUAAUUCAUUCGAAGGAAGCAUACCUUCAUCUAUUGGUCUACUUAGGAAGCUUCAAUUACUAGAUAUCGGAUAUAAUUAUUUAAAUUCCUGUAUUCCUCGUGAAAUCGGGCUUUUGACUAAUCUCAGCGAAUUAUAUCUCAAUGUCAAUAGUCUUACUGGCAAAAUUCCUUCUGAGCUCGGCCUCUUGACUAAGCUCAACUAUAUAAUUCUUUUUUCCAAUAAUCUGACCGGAGAUAUUCCAUCUGAAAUCGGAAACCUGAAGCUACUGACUCGGCUUCUCCUCGGGUCUAAUCAUUUGACUGGAUCGGUUGCAAACUCCAUUUCUAAUCUCAGUAAUCUAGAGUUUCUUGGUCUACCUAAUAACAGAUUUUCUGGAAAUAUUCCUAGUGACUUCUGGAAAAAAUAUAAAUCGUUAUUAUACAUCGACUCCAGGAACAACAAUUUGUCAGGAAGCAUUCAGGGAUUUGAUGCUAAUCUGAAUCUUACUUUCAUUAAUCUGAGCGGAAACCAUCUUACAGGUGAGAUUCCUGCAACUAUUUGCAAUGUCACAUCCCUUGAGAUUCUUGAUCUCUCGGACAAUGGAUUAAGCGGUGCACUUCCACGUUGUCUGGGAAAGCUUGCUGAUAAUCUGCAUACCAUGGUUCUUGGUAAUAAUCAGCUUCAAGGGACAAUACCAGCAACCUUCACCAAGAGCUGUCACCUAGCAGUUUUAAACACGGAAAGCAAUCACUUUGAAGGAACGCUGCCCCAAGCUUUAUCAAACUGCAAGGACUUAAAAAUUCUUAAUAUGGGAAACAACCACAUUGGAGGUAUAUUUCCGUCAUGGCUAAGUACUCUUGCACAGCUAGAAGUCCUUGUGUUGCGAUCAAAUAGACUUCACGGUGAAGUAAGUAUAGGUAAUACAACACGUCCCUUCCUUAAGUUGCGAAUUGUGGAUCUCUCUAACAAUGAAUUCACUGGCCAUUUGCCUAUUCAGUAUUUUUAUAAUAUGAGGCCGAGUAAUAAGGGAUAUGAUUAUGUCAUUACAAAAGAGAAUUUCGAGUACUUUUACCAAGCAUCAGUCUCACUAAGUGUAAAAGGGACAGAGUAUGAAGUGAAACAAAUCCUUUAUAUUUACACAGCCAUUGAUCUGUCGCGCAACAAAUUUCAAGGGGAAAUUCCAGAGGUCACUGGAGAGCUUAGAUCGCUUGCGUUGCUAAAUCUAUCUCAUAAUAGUCUUACAGGGCCUAUCCCGUCAUUGUUGGGGAAUAUGGAAGCACUCCAGUCUUUAGAUUUGUCAUCAAACCAAUUGACAGGUGCUAUACCUGAGCAGUUAACUACUUUGACAUUUAUUGGGGCCUUGAACCUUUCAGAAAACCAUCUUACUGGAGAAAUCCCUCAAAAAGGACAGUUCAGUACUUUUGGCAACGAUUCAUACUUGGGUAACCCGGCCUUAUGCGGACUUCCUUUAACAAAGAAAUGUAGGCACACGUUGCCACCAACACAAGAAAUCCUAAAUGGUGAUGAAGAUGAUGCUAAUGAUGAACUCAGUUGGGAGGUGAUCCUGAUAGGGUAUGCAUGUGGAUUGAUAUGCGGAUUAUCUUUUGGGUACAUUGUUUUCACCAUGGGAAAGCCUUGGUGGUUUGUGAGAUACGUCGAAGAACUGCAACAGAAGUUGAUGAGGACACACAUGAAGAAAAUUAUUCGAUCAAGAAGCACAACUUGA